GUGGACAGCCUUUUAAAAGCGGGAGGAGAGAAAACAAGACAAAGCUUUCCUUGAAGUUUCGACAUUAGCAAGUCAAAAUUGCAUAACGGUAUUGCCAGGUUACUACUGGUAGACGGUUAUAGAAGGUUAUAUUUCUUUCUGAAAAUCCUUGACAAACAAAGAUAUACCAAUCUAAAAAGAUGAAUGAAUCGUAUACUAUCGUGAUCUUGACUUUCUUAAUUCUAAUGGCAGAUGGAACAUCAAUUAAGACUUGCAAGGAAAAUGCAAUGUGUGGCAAGGAGGAAUGUUGUGUCAGAGGAUUGUGCAUGCCUUUCAUACGUAAUGGAAGGAGAUGUAAUCCCUUAGCACAGAUCUUGCGCCUACAAUGUCCAUGCGCAGUUGGCUCGUCAUGCACCUUGGAGGUCACAUUUCCCAUGGAAGAAAAGAUGUAUUGCCACAAUAUUAAAAAUCUGAAUAAUUUGAAAGAGAUGGUGGAAAACAGGGAUAUAAAACACAUCGAGAGCAAUAACAUCGAAGACUAAUAACAACUGGAAUUUACCAUAUCCGCUGAACAUAAAGAUAUAGCUAUAGAAAAAAAUAUAUAUAUUAUAUAUAUUAUAUAUAUACUAAAAGUUUGAUAAAUAAAUUAUAUAGAAUGGUUUAAUAUCUUGGAUCUAUAC